AUGAAACAUAAAUUAGAGAAGUUAAGAUUGUGCGUUUUACGGAAAUCCGCGAAGAUGUUCAAUUUGUACCAGCAUAUGAAGGCGAAUAAUGAGGGGAAAGAGCAGAAAGAACCGGAGACGACCGGUCAUGACCGGUUUUAUCAGGAACGGCCGCGGAGUAGUUAUAGGAAGAAGAAACGUCGUGGUGCUUGCAGGAGAGCUCAAUCUGCAGCUGAACUCAACCCUGAGUCUAUCGCUGCAGCUAACAAACGAAAUGCGUUCAGAAUACGAUCAGUGUCCACUGACCGAGAAGAGAGUGAAGACGCUGGAAGGCAGGACGAUGGCGAAGGAUCAUCGUGCGCUUGUAGCUCAAAAGAGAAUUCAGAGCGUGCUCCGCUCGUUGCUCAGAAGAUAGACUCGUUGGCCAAGCUGUUGUUCAACAAGUCCAUCAUCGGGACUGGCUCCGGCAAGUCUUCGCCUUUGGAACCACCUGCGUCACCAAGAGUCGGCGACCGCUCCAUGGAGAGCUCAGCUGCUUUGGCUAUUUGUACAGAAUAUUUGGCACAGUCACCCAGAUACGAUUUACUGUCCGCUCUGGGUCCCAUCGGCUGCCGAACUAACAAGCAUUGGUUCGCAAUUCACGACAACUCCAUUAAAACCGACAGACUUCUAACUUUGAUGCCGCUAACUUCGAAAUGUCCCAUCGAGCAAGGCGAGCGUACAAAGACAUUGAUUAUGGAGUUAUUUCGAGCUCUCCACCAUCCGUACAUUUAUCCUGUGCUAGAUCUCGAACUGUGUAACGGCCAUGCUCUUACAGUGUUACCUUUUAACGCUAGAGGGAGCCUCAAGGAUCUAAUUUACAAGAGUAUGUGGAACGAAGAGUAUACUCGUAAGUACGGAACAACAGGCACUGGCCUUCCAGCGUGGCAGGUCGCGAGGUUCGGCCGGCAAAUGUUAGAAGGACUGCUGUUCCUUAAGGAGAAGGGGUUCCCUCCAUUUCGGCACUUGCAUUCAGGAAAUGUUGUAGUGCAGAAUGGUGUUGCGCGGAUAUGCGGUUUAGAGAACACUCUUAUAGGUGCCCAGCCGCGGUGUCCCAUAGCCCUUGCAGCACAGUUAGAACACGUCGAGGCGUUGUCUCUGGGACACGUGCUGUUUGAAAUGUGUGCCGGUGCUGAGAUUGACCUGUCAUUAUUACCAGACUUGCUGCCUAAUUAUCCUAAUGUGGUGGAGAUCAUUGAGCAGAUCUUCGGUCCUCGCACCCCCAGCCUGCACGAGCUGCUACUCUGCGAGCUCUUCAGGAAGAUAGAUCUGCGUGAGAUGAAGGGCUCCUGUUUACCGAACUUCAGCCAGCGUCUAUCCCGCUCGUGCCUGUCGUUGCUGGGCGAGGUGGCGCGGCGCACGCCGGGGUCGCCGCGCACGCGCACGCCGCCGCGCCGCUCCGUGCCCGCCUCGCCCGCCUCGCCCGCCACGCCCACGCAUCGGAGGCACUUCCCUACAGACCAGGAUUUCACUGAAGAGUGGCAGUGGUAGUAACUACACCUGUUCGAAAUUAUAUAUCAAUAAAUCUUAUACGAUAC